GGAGCCUGUCCCCGGGACACCGGGGCCUCCGCCGGAGCCUGCCGGGCGCGGGGGAGAGGAGGCGGGCUGCGGGCGCCGCCAGGCCUCUCAGCGGAGCGAACGGGGGAAGCAUCCGUGUCUUCGGGAGGGCAGCCAGCCUUCCGUGACCGCGUGGCUGGCGUUCCUGCCUGCCUUCCCUGGCUUUAAAUGGUGCGGCCCCUCCUGGUGGGGCAGGUGUUGGUGGAGCCUGGAUCCCGGCGGCGUCUGAACGGAUGUGCUGGCACAGCUGGAGCCAUCCUGACCUGUCCCCUGGAAGUGGUGAAGACACGUCUACAGUCAUCCCAGCUGACACUGCGGCCUCUGUGCCUCUCGGAGAUACAGCUUCCAGGGAUGGGUGUGAGGCUGAUGAACCCCACUCCACCAUCUCCUGGAGUGCUCAAGUUGCUGAGGGCCAUCCUUGAGAAAGAAGGCGUGCGAUCCCUGUUCCGAGGUCUGGGUCCAAACCUUGUUGGGGUUGCUCCUUCCCGGGCUAUAUAUUUUGCUGCUUAUUCUGGUGUUAAGGAGAGGCUCAACACUGUUCUUGUACCAGAGUCCAAGAAAGUACACAUGCUGUCAGCAGCCUGUGCAGGCAUUACCUCUGCCACGGUCACCAACCCUGUCUGGUUAGUGAAAACUAGGAUGCAACUGGAAGCCAGGGGGAAGGGGGAGAUGGCCAGCAAUGCUCUCCAGUGUGCCAUGCGUGUGUACCACACUGAAGGCCUUCGUGGAUUUUACCGGGGUAUCACUGCCUCCUAUGCUGGAGUGUCAGAGACCAUCAUACACUUUGUCAUCUAUGAAGCGCUGAAACAGCAGCUGAGGAGCAGCCAUCAUUCCCUUUCCCCACCACUCACACUUUCGCCAAACAACCACGAUUUCUUUGGACUGAUGGGAGCUGCUGCUGUCUCCAAAACAUGUGCCUCGUGUAUUGCAUAUCCUCACGAGGUCAUUCGGACACGGUUGCGAGAAGAAGGGACACGAUACCGUUCCUUUGUACAGACUCUGCAGCUUGUGAUCCAUGAGGAGGGACCCUUGGCUUUAUACCGAGGCCUCCUGGCUCACUUGAUCCGCCAGAUCCCAAAUGCAGCUAUCAUGAUGGCUACCUAUGAACUCAUCGUGCAUUUGGCCUCUUCCACCUUGUAAGCAAACUGCCGUGCCUGGCUGAGGCUGCUGUAGACAUAGAGAGACCUCAUAGCCCUGAGACUUGGUCUUUCUCCAUGCUCCAAGGGUUGUGCUUUCCAGCACUUACCAGAAGUGGGUCAGGCAUAGCAUUCUCAGGACGUAAGGUUUUUUGCUCCAGUGUGCACAGUGUGGCCUUUCUUCUUUUUGGAGACUUAAAUUGGUGUUUCAAGAUGUCAGGGCACUGGUUUGACAGUGCCUGCUGUAAACUCCCUGUAUGAAACAAGGGUGUGGAACUUAGUGGGAAGGAGACAAAGGAAAAGGCAUAAGAGUAUCUUAGCCUCAGCACAUUCACUUCUUUUGGACCCAGUAACAACCAUGUAUACAAGGGUACACUUGGAUAUGAAGAUGGGCUAGAGCUGAGACAUCAGAGAGAACUACAGCCAGGAGAGAUACUGCACUGAGAUCUUUCAUGCCUUCAGAGAGCUCUUCCACCCUCAACUACUGUGCUACCUUCCUGCCCCUAAGGAGGACUUCUUCAGCCUUGGCUGCCAGCAGAUGUCCUGUUACAGAAUCUUCCUUUAGGUCCUUAACAUGUUGCAGUGAUUGCCCCCAAGAGUGUCAGGCAGCUGACAGCCUCUUUUUGUCUUGCAGGGUCUGAGUAAUCAGACCAAGUAGAUGAAGGGAAGAAGCACAACCUGCUAUGGAGUACUGCCCUAACAACUCAUGCUACUGGGCUCUUAGCCAUGCUUUGCCAGUAUCUGUUGACACCUCCUUCCCUCAGAAGUGCUGGGGCUGUUCUAUACAGGCUGGAACCCUGUUGUGAAAAAUACUUGUUUAUGCUGGUUAAAAAAAAAAAAAAAGUGGAUCAGGUGAAAAGAUGGAUGAGGCUGAGGAUGUACCUGUUUCUAUUAAUUAUACACUAAGUGUAUGGAAAGAGCUUUAUUUUUUUUCCUCUAAUCAAUAAUUCAGUUUGCUGCAUGUGUUAUAUUUGUCUGUGGCGGGCUGGGAUGCCUUCUGUUCCUCUGUGGGUUCUUCAGCUGUGUUCUGAGGAAGGCUACAUUGUUUACACAGAGUAUUUUGACACUCAGAAACUGACAGGGGGAUAGGGUCAGGGAGGCUGUAUUUUUCUUGUUCUACCACAUACACUAAAAAAGUGUAACCUUUUCCCAUGAUAAGAGAGUUGGGCUGAGAGUUGAGGUUGUUCAGCCUGGAGAAGAGAAGGCUCUGGGGAGACCUCAUAGCAGCCUUCCAGUACCUGAAGGGGCUACAGGAAAGCUGGGGAGGGGCUUUUUACAGGGGCUGGUAGUGAGAGGACAAGGGGCAGUGGAUUAAAACUGGCAGAGGGGAGAUUUAGGUUGGACAUCAGGAGGAAACUCUUUAGUGUGAGGGUGGUGAGACACUGGCAUAGGUUGCCCAGGGAAGCUGUGGCUGCCCACUCCCUGGAAGCGUUCAAGGGCAGGUUGGAUGGGGCUCUGAGCAACCUGGUCCGGUGGGAGGUGUCCCUGCCUGCACAGGGAGGUUGGAACUAGGUGAUCUUUAAGGUGCCUUCCUACUCAAACCAUUCUGUGAUGCUUCUGUGAUUCUAUGAUAAGGCAGUAAUUUCAGUGAAUACACACUCUGGGCAAUCUCCAGUUUCACAUUAGAGACUAUACUGAGUGUUUCUUUUCCUGCUUGUAGUGACAAACUGCAGAAGUCCUGAACAUUUUAUUUGAAAUACAUUUAUUUUAAAAUCCA